GAUCCUCGCGCUGUGCGAGCAGUGACGCGGCAGUGCAGCCCUUGUUCAUCCUUAUGCUCUAGGGCAGCCAGCCUUCUGUCGCUACCAGUAUUACCGAGACUGCCGGCGAUGCCCGUUGGCCGUUGCACUUGUGAACAUCAGCUGUCCUCGCCACAUCGUCUCAACUUGUCGCUGAGUCCGCCUGAGCUUAUGCCGAUGCCGUUCCCUCUUCCAAUCCCCCAGGUCUGCGUGGACCAGCUGGCACCGUACCUGCCGCCGGCCUCAUGCGGCGCGGCGUCGCCGCCGCUACAGCCGCAGCUGGAGCAGCAGGCUCUGGUGGCCGUGUGGGAGGUGCAGCUGCAGCAGGUUGGGCUAGGCAUAUCGACACUCCUGGAGCGCCUGUCACGCGCGGAGGUGGACGCGACGGUGGCAGCAUCAGACAAGUCAAUGCUGGCGGCGCAGCUGGCAGAGGCUGACGCGCAGCUGAGCGCCUUCGCCCAAGCUGUGGAGCAAGCCACCCGGUGCACCGCGGCCGUCACACCAGCGGCCCGAGGUGCGGCCACACCUGGCAAGGGCCACUGGCUGCUGCCGGCCUGCAACAGUGCCGACGGCAGCAGCAGCAGCGCCGAGUGCACACCGCAGCGGGACCAGUCCGGCCCCAGCGCGCGUCGCCGCCAGCAGCAACAGCAGCGGCGGGCAGUCAAAUUCGGCGGUACGGGUGUGCCGGAGGCGCAUGUGGAGGAGCAAGCAGCGGACGGUGUCAACCAGGGCGAACAGCCGCCGCACGGCGCCGCCGCAACAUUGGUAUCGCCUGCAGCAGCUGCCGCUAGUUCUAUUACUUUGGCUGCGUCGUCACAGCCCGCCGAGGGCGCGCGGAGCGAUGGGGGCACCGAGAGCAGGUCGCCUGCCACCUCCUGGCGCCGCGUGUCGCGGGCGGAGGUGGAGGUGGGGCUGGAGGGACUUGCCACGCUGGCGGCGCUGGCGGCCGGGCUGCGGGACGGGCAGGAGGCGGCGGAGGCAGAGGCGAUGGAGCUGCGCGCAGCCAGUGAGCGCUAUAAGCAGGAACUGGAUGACUACAGCCGCGGUGUGGGCCGCCUGACCGCUGCCGCCUGCCACCACCUCACCAUCAGCGCCAGCCGCCGCGCCAGCCGCAGCGUCGCUGCCACCCGCCGCUGCAGCCGCCACAGCUUUGGCGGUGCCGCCUCCAGCAUCGGCGUGGCCGACGCUUCAGAGGAGGUGGCGGCGGCUGCUGCCGCGGCGGCGGUCGCAGCUGUUUCUGCAGCGGCUGCGGCAGUUGAGGCGGAGGUGGCUGCUGCCACGGCGGCUGCAUCUAGGAGCAGUGGCGACGGGUCGGGUGGCAGGGACGCCGCUGAAGGCAAGGCUCCGAGUGAUGAGGCGGCGGCCGUGGAGUUGGGCCUGGCAGGCGGUGCUGCGACGGCUGAGGCUCAGCUGGAGGAGCUGCGGCGGCAGCUGGAGGCCAUGGCGGCGGCUGACGUGGCUGCUGCCGAGGCGGCGGAGGCGGCCGAGGAGGAGAGGCUGGCGCUGGAGGCGGAGGCUGCGGAGCUGCGGCGCGCGCUGCAGGCGGCCGCGGACGGGGCGGCGGAGGCGGCGCAGAGGGCUGACGCUGUGCGGGGCGAGCGAGACGCGCUGGCUGCGCGGCUGGAGGCGGCGGAGGCGGAGCGGGCGGAGGCGGUGGCGCAGCGCGAGGCGCUGUCGGAUCGCUUCACGGCUGCCAGCGGCAAACUGGCGGAGCUACGAGCGCAGCUCAAGGCCAGCAGUGUCGCCAACAGCGGUCUGGAGGCGGACCUCAGCGCCAAGCAGGCCGAGCUGGAGGAGCUUGAAGCGGAGUUACUGCGUGUGACGGCUGCCAGUGAGGACCUGCUCGCCCGGUACAAGCAGCUGCAAGAGGCGGUGGCGGCGGCAGAGGCCGCAACGGCUGAGCAGGAGAAAACGCACGAGGCUGCGCAGCAGCUCCGUGUCGAGAUGGAGGAGCGGCUGCAGGCGGCGGCGGCCCGCAGUGCAGAGCAGGAGGCAGCGGCGGCGCAGCGGCUGGCGGUGGUGGAGGCGGCGCUGGCUGAGGCGCGUGGCACGGCGGAGCAGGCCCUGGCACAGGCGGCUGAGCACAGACGGCGUGCUGAGGAGCUGCAGGCAGAGACGGAACGGCUGGCGGCCACCCUGGACGAGGUGCUGGGUGACAUGGAGGGCCUGCAGCGCGACGCCGCCGUCACCAACGCACAGCUUAGGGCGGUGCGGGCGGAGCGGGACGCGGCGCGCGAGGCGGGGGCGCGCGACGGCGCCGCACUGCGCUCGCAGCUGUCCGGGCUGGCAACGGAGCUGCGGGACGCGGUGCUGGCCACCGCCAGCGAGCGGGAGGCGCGCCAGGCGGCGGAGCAGCGCGCGGCGCAGCUGCAGCAGGAGAGGCUGGCGCGGGAGGCGGCUGCAGCGGUAGAGACAGAGCAGGAGCAAGGGGCGGCGACGCUUCUGCGCACGCCGCCGGGCACGCCGGGCGGCGGCGGUGGUGCAGGGGCGCGGGCCGCGGCGUCGCCGCUGGCACUAACGCCGGGCGCGGGCGAUAGCGUGUCACGACUGGAGGCGCAGCUGGAGCACCGCCGGCAGCAGUGUGACGACAUGAUGAGCCGCAUAGCGGAGAAGACCAUCGAGUGCUCCGACCUGCGCAAGCGGCUGCAGGACGCGCAGGAAGCUGAGGCCAAGGUGGAGCAGCUGCGGCAGAUGAACAGCAUGCUCAUCAACCAGCUGGCGGCGCUCAAGCAGGGCCGCACAGGCACCGCCACAGACGCUGGCGCGGGUGCGCCGGCCCCGGCAGCCCUAGGGGGUACACCGCCGGCGCCGCUACCUGACGCUGCAGGAGUGCUUCGGCGGCUGCAGUCGCUGCAGGUCCGGCUGGAGGGCCUGCUGCUAAUGGCGCCGCCCGCUGCCUCGGGCGCCGCUGACCCGGACUCCCUGGGUGCCAGCGCCGCCUCCGCCAGCAGUGAGAAUGCGGCUGCGGACACGCCGGCGACGCCGGUCACCAGCAAGACGGCCUCCCGGCUGCCGCCCCCCGCGUCGCCCUGCCUGCCCCUGCCGCCCUCCUCCGCCGGCGCCUCCACCUCCGGCGGCGGUCGGCCGACGCCGUCGGUGCCGGCACCACACCCCGUCCUGGCCCUUGCUAUGCCAGCCACCCCCACCGGCCCGCCGCCCACCUCACCUGCGGCGGCGCCGGCCGCGGCCGGCAAUGCGGCGGCGCGCACACCCUCGCCCCUGCCGCCCAAGGGCGCCGUCCUGGAGCGCCCGAUGGCGCCCCUGGAACGCUUUGCCUCCCGCAGCAACGUUGCGCCCAGCGGUGCCGGUGUUCGUGCUGCUGCACCGGCAGCCGGUGCUGCGGCCGCCAGCAACGGCAGCGGCCAUGAUGAGGCCAGCGCGGCGGUGGCGGCUUGGGCUCAGGAUGAUGAUUGGGUGACGGAGGCACGGGCGCUGCUGGGCGAGCUCGCCGGUUUGGUGGCGCAGCUGCGGGGUGCGGCUGCGGAUGGCGCCUCGCCCUUUCGUACUCCAGCGGCAACGUAGGUGAAUGAGGGGUGCGGUGCACGUGGCUGGGAGGCAGCGCGCAGUGGGGGAGGGGGCGGUGGAGCACGUGAGCCAAAUGCCGUGGAGGCAAGCGACGGUAUUGAGAUAUGGAAAUGUGAUGAGAUGGCUAUACGAUGGCCCAUAGAUACUUUGCGUUCAGUAGUACGGUAAACAGGCUGAAUGGCAUGAAGCAAGCAAGCCUACGCUACCCCAAGUGCAGGAGGUGCGGCCGGGUGUCGGUGGAGAAACAGCGGAGCUUGAGACCCGAGAACGCGGGUUAGUUCUUUGUUAUGUGUGUCAGCAUGCUCUUGCUUCGACAAAUUCGAGCCAUCCAGAGCACUGCGGCACCGCUGCUAACGGUAGUCAGCAGGCCAGGGAAAAGCAGGAACGGCGCGCGCACAGAGUUUCGGUCUGAUGCAUUACGGUACCGUAUGGCAUCAUGUGGGCUUUAUGGUGAGCAUGUAGCUUUACUUCGCCCUGGGACACGCAGUAAGAGAGCGGUGGAGAUGGUAUGUGCAGGCGAGUUUCGAGGUUAGGAUAAGGCAGGGCAAGGUGUGUCGUGUCUAUGUGCUUACUGUUUUUGAGGGCAUAAGGCAGCAGCCCAGAUACAGGAUGGUACGAGUAGAGAACAAUACGGUAAGUAGGGACGUUAUCAAUUGUUGGCUUUACAAGGGUCACCUCGGCCCGGGCCUACGGGUUUACGAGGCAGGAAGGCACGCAAAGAUCGUCACGCACCACCUGAUGUACGCACACAGGGAUAGAGUCGGGUAGUACCACCUAGAGUUACCUACGGACACGGUAGCAGUGCCGGGCAGAGUGGCAAUGUCGUGGCGGCGGGGAGAGGGCUUGUGCUGACGAUAUGAGGGCAUGGCGCUUGGCAGCCGCGAGGAACCGCGCGGGCCGCUCGUGUAGCAGUGUGUGCUUGCGGCCUUUCGAGUCCUUGAAGCAAUGGAAUGAGGUGCGGGAGUAAUACUCACGUUCGUAUGCUUUGUAUCUGCGGGCCGGUGGUGUGCGUCCAGCCGCCGACAGAGAGGUUGGGGCUGGUGGGGUGCACGUCGUCGCGGCAGAGCAGCGCGUUGAGGCCAAUGACGGCAGCAGUCCAGCUAGGUCGUAGACGCGUAGGUUGCUGGCAGGUUUGCCACCUGGCGUCAGUGGGGAGGGCGGCGCGUGUGCGGUGUGCCAUUUUGGGCGUAUGCCGCAGUUACGUGGUGCGGAGGAAGUGCACAGCGUGGCGAGGGGAGCGGCGUGGGUAGAGGACGCGCGCGCAGCACGGAUGCCGUGGCCCCCACACAUCAGAGCCCGCCAUCAGCGACACGGCCCCCAUGCCGCGUAGUCCCCCCUUCCGUCAAUGCCUCCCCCCAUACAUCCAGGCGACUGCUGUAAUAUAUUAGUAUC